AUGGCUGCUCGCAAUGACGGUAUACAGUUGCUUCUACAAGCUGAAAAGAAAGCGGCGGACAAGGUUUCUGAGGCCAAGAGACGAAAAGUAAAAAGACUUCAGGAGGCUAAGGCAGAAGCUGCGACGGAAAUCGGAAUUGAGAAGAAGGAGCGUGAGAGGCGGUACAAAUUGCGUGAGGACGAGGUUUUUGGUCGACACAGUAAUACAGAGGCUGAAAUUGCCGCCGUUACACAGAAGACUCUUGAUAUGCAGGCUGAGUCGGUAGAGAGAAAUAGAGGCGCUGCCAUCCAAUCGCUUCUAGACCAAGUCCUUGUCGUCGAUCCCCAAGUUCACAUUAACUAUCGCCCUCAGCAGAAGACUCAAUGA